AGCCCAGGGUGUGCUGUAGGCAUGGGCAGAAGCUAAGAGCUCUGUGCCAGCCAGAUCUCACUGCCCGGGGUGUGGUUAUGGUGGUUUCCUUGUGAGAAACAACCCGACACCACAGAGCUCUUCCGCUGGGCAGGAUGGGCAAAAUCACAGCACAGUGACUCCCUGUGGGUGGUUGUGGUGGGGAGAUGAGGAGCACAGAGUCACCUGGGGCUGAGGCACACGGUGACAUCUCUGCUCCUGUGAGUCCACACCCAGACAAGGGGACACUGCCCUAGGAGGGUCCAGUGGAGGAGCCCAGGACCAUGCCCUGCACCAGAGCUGAACUUAACCCGAGACCUUCAUCAGCAAAAGAAAUGCUGCUGCAGCUGCAUUGGCAUCUAGUGACUGGUUAAAUUAAUUCCAGGGUUUUAUUGCCUUUGGCUAUCCCAGACCUUUGUUUCUCGUUUCAUGUUGUUACAAGGGAGGGUUCACCGGGCCCCAGGGGGGCUUUUUCUCUGGUUGGAAUAGUUGUGAUGUUUUCAGCACAAAGUGUUAUUGCCCAUCUGCGGUGCUCAUUGUUAGCGCUCACAUGGCCUGCGAUCAACUGGGCAAGGAGGAUCCCGGUGAAAGUCCCCCCUGGUUUUAAAGGCAGAGAUCUGUCCUGGAGUUGUUUCUGUGCUGAGGGAUCAGAAACAGGUCUGAGGCAGUGACUGGUGUUUCACCUUACAGCUUCUCCCACGUGCUAAUUGUUUUUCUUGCUGUGGUUCUGCCCCCGCCUCCCAGUGUGAGCAUGGUUAGGGCCAAGCGUGGAGGUGCUGUGGGACGGACGUCAUGUGCUAAUGGGGAGGAUCAGUGCAGGGGGUCCUGGAAAGGCUCCAAGUGAUGGGACAGGGCUGUGGGGAAUGGCAUGAGACAUCCGAGUGUAUUCUCUUCCAUCUGGUCGCAGAAUGACUAAACAAAGCCUUUUGUGCAGGGAAGGGCAGCAAGAAACCAGGGGUAUCCCCAAACAGGGCAUGGGAAGGGCUGCAGACCCCCCUUGUCUGCAUCGUCCAUCACUAAUGGACAGAGCCGUGUAGUGAGCAGAGAUGAAGGGGAAAGGUGGGACGUGACCUGCCUGUGUGAGCAAGGAGGGACCCAGAGCAGCACAGUGAUGCUCUUGAGAUCCUUUGGUGCAUCCAAAGCCCCGUGCACAAUGGUUCUCUGCCCACGGUGGGGUGAACGUGGUGCCGUGAUGGUGGCAGUGCUCAGCACAGGGUAGGGUUAAGCCAAGCGGUUCGGUGCCAGGCUCAGUGUCCAGGUUCUCCCUGGUGGAGGUCAGCGGUGGUUCAUGGGAAAGGAAAAAUUGGCAGCUGGGCCGGAUGUCCCUGCAUUUCCCCUCUUCCUGCAGCCGCCUGAACGAUGUUCCUUAUUUAGCUUUCCUGACGGACAGGAGGAAUCUGAUGGCGGAAACUGUCACUGCCUGAUAACAGCACGGGUUGCACUGCACUGGGCGGCACGGUGGGGAGCAGGGCAGCUCUGGCCCUGUGUUGGGAUAGCCAUGGGCAGGGAGGGCACCCACAGCCCUUCCACGGGUGCUGCUUGGUGUGCAGAUCUGGUGAGCAGCUAUUCUAUGACCCCUCCUACUCUUAGCAUCACUGAGGAAGAACACAUCAUCAACGCCAAGGACACGCUUACCAUCACCUGCAGAGGCCAGCAUCCCUUGGAGUGGUCGUGGCCUGGGGGCAAGGUGGACCCCAGUGGGAAGGAGAAGGAGAUGGAACUCACAGCCUCAGCAGCGCCCAGUGGGGGCCGGGCAAUCCGGGAAGAGGACUGCGAGGGGACAGGCACAAAGCCCUACUGCAAAGUGCUGGUGCUGACGGAGAGCCAGGCCAAUGACACGGGUUACUACCACUGCUAUUACAAGUACAUCGAUGCCAAAAUCGAGGGCACCACAGCGGUCAGUGCCUAUAUCUUUGUGAGAGAUUUUGAACAGCCGUUUAUCAACAAGCCAGAGACGCUGCUCAUCAGCAAGAAGGAGAACACUUGGGUGCCGUGCCUUGUGUCCAUCCCAGACCUCAACGUCACACUCAUCUCGCAAAAUUCCCUCAUCCACCCCGACAGGAAAACCAUUUUCUGGGACAACAAGAAGGGGAUGCAGGUACCCACACAGCUGAUCAGAGACUCCUUGUUCGUCCAAUGCGAGACAGUCAUCGACAAGAAGGUCUUCAAAUCCAAUUUCUUCAUCAUUCACAUAGCAGGGAUUGAACUGUAUGACAUCCAGCUGUACCCCAAGAAAGCCAUGGAGCUGCUAGUGGGAGAGAAGCUGGUCUUGAACUGCACAGUGUGGGCUGAGUUCAACUCUGGUGUCCGCUUCCAGUGGACAUACCCUGGCAAACAGAUGCAGCGAGCAGUGAUAGAAUCUGAGCGCCGGUCCCUGCAGACACACACAGAGCUCUCCAGCAUCCUGACCCUGCACAACGUCAGCCAGCAGGACCUGGGCAGGUACACGUGCACUGCCACCAACGGCGCCCAGAUGCUGGAGGAGAGUACUGAUGUCAUUGUGCAUGAAAAGCCCUUCAUCAACGUGGAGUGGCGGAAGGGGCCGGUGAUAGAAGCCACUGCUGGAGAUGAAGCUGUGAAGCUGCCGGUGAAAGUCGUGGCUUAUCCCCAGCCAGAUUUCCAGUGGUACAAGGAUGGGAAGCUAAUUCCCAAGCAAUCUCAAUCUUCAAUGCAGAUCAAGGAUGUGGCAGAGCAUCAUGCUGGGACGUACACGCUGGUUCUGAGGAACAGGCUUGUGGGGCUGGAGAAGCGUAUCAGCCUCCAGUUAAUUGUCAAUGUUCCUCCACGUAUCCAUGAGAAGGAAACCUCUUCCCCAAGCAUCUACUCCCGGAGGAGCCCCCAGGCCCUCACCUGCACAGUCUAUGGUAUCCCAGCACCAGAGGUGAUCCAGUGGCAGUGGAGACCAUGGAUGCCCUGUCGGAUGUUCUCUCGACGCAGCCUCAAUAGCAGGCACCGAGCAGCAAGGCGCCAUCAGCGAGAUCGCAUGCCUGAGUGCAAGGACUGGAAAGAUGUGUCACAACAGGACGCAGUGAACCCCAUCGAGAGCAUCGACACCUGGGUGGAGUUUGUGGAGGGACGGAACAAGACAGUCAGCAAGUUGGCCAUCCAGGAGGCCAAUGUCUCAGCCAUGUACAAAUGUAUUGCCUCUAACAAAGUGGGUCGAGAUGAGCGGCUGAUCUACUUCUAUGUGACAACCAUUCCAGAUGGAUUUGAGAUCGAAUCCCAGCCCUCAGAAGAGCCCAUAGAGGGGCAGGACCUACAGCUGAGCUGCAAUGCGGACAACUACACCUACGAGAAUCUGCAGUGGUAUCGCCUGAACCUUUCCAAGCUCCACGAUGAGGAGGGCAACCCCCUGGUUCUGGACUGCAAGAACGUCCACCACUACGCAACCAAGAUGCAGGGCGAGCUGCGCUUUCAGCCCGACUCCAAUGAUGCCACCUUGCUGCUGACCAUCCCCAACAUCUCCCUGGGCGAGGAGGGAGACUACGUGUGUGAGGUGCAGAACAGGAAGACCCGGGAGAAACACUGCCACAAGAAAUACAUCUCUGUGCAGGCCCUGGAGAUCCCCCGCCUCAAGCAGAACCUGACAGACAUUUGGGUGAACGUCAGCGAUUCCAUAGAGAUGCGUUGUAAGGUGGAUGGCAACCACGUUCCUGACAUCAGCUGGUACAAAGAUGAGAAACUGGUGGAAGAAGUGUCAGGAAUUGAUCUGGCAGACUUCAACCAGAGGCUGAGCAUUCAGAGAGUGAGGGAGGAGGAUGCUGGGCUCUACCUGUGCAGCGUCUGCAACGCUAAGGGCUGCGUGAACUCCUCAGCUAGCGUCUCUGUAGAAGGCUCUGAUGACAAGACCAACGUGGAGAUUGUCAUCCUGAUUGGGACUGGGGUCAUCGCUGUUUUCUUCUGGAUCCUCCUUAUCCUCAUCUUCUGUAACAUCAAAAGGCCUGCCCAUGCAGACAUCAAGACCGGCUACCUGUCCAUCAUCAUGGAUCCUGACGAAGUGCCCUUAGAUGAGCACUGCGAGCGCCUGCCCUAUGAUGCCAGCAAGUGGGAAUUCCCACGAGACCGCCUGCGCCUGGGUAAAGUCCUGGGUCACGGUGCUUUUGGGAAGGUGGUGGAAGCAUCUGCUUUUGGGAUCAAUAAAAGCAACAGCUGUGAGACCGUAGCAGUCAAAAUGCUGAAAGAGGGAGCUACUGCAAGUGAACAGAAGGCACUGAUGUCAGAGCUGAAAAUCCUCAUUCACAUUGGGCAUCAUCUCAAUGUUGUGAAUUUGCUGGGAGCCUGUACCAAACCCAAUGGUCCACUCAUGGUUAUCGUUGAGUUCUGCAAGUAUGGCAACCUCUCCAAUUACCUGCGGACCAAGCGAGAAGGAUUCAGUCCCUACAGGGAGAAGUCACCCAGGCUGCGUAUUCAGGUCCAGUCCAUUGUGGAGGCAGUGAGAGCAGACAGAAGGAGUCGGUCUGGGACUAGUGACAGUGCUCUCUUCAACCGCUUUCUGAUGCACAAGAGCCAGACAGCACAGCCAAUCCAGGAAGUGGAUGACUUGUGGCAAAGUCCCUUGACAAUGGAGGACCUGAUCUGCUACAGCUUCCAGGUAGCAAGUGGCAUGGAGUUCCUCUCCUCCAGAAAGUGCAUCCACAGAGAUCUAGCAGCUCGCAACAUCCUGCUGUCUGAGAACAAUGUGGUCAAGAUCUGUGAUUUUGGCUUGGCCCGAGACAUCUACAAAGACCCUGAUUAUGUCAGAAAAGGCAGUGCCCGUCUCCCACUGAAGUGGAUGGCUCCAGAGAGCAUCUUUGACAAGGUUUACACUACCCAGAGUGACGUCUGGUCCUUUGGGGUCCUCCUCUGGGAAAUCUUCUCACUGGGGGCAUCUCCAUACCCUGGAGUCCAGAUCAACGAGGAGUUCUGCCAGAGGCUCAAAGACGGUACCAGGAUGAGAGCUCCAGAGUAUGCUACUGCAGAAAUUUACCGUAUAAUGCUGAGCUGCUGGCAUGGUGAUCCCAAGGAGAGACCAACUUUCUCAGACCUGGUGGAGAUACUGGGGAACCUCCUUCAGGAAAAUGUCCAACAGGAAGGGAAGGAUUACAUCCCACUGAAUGACUCUCACAGCUCAGAAGACGAUGGUUUCUCCCAGGUGCCUUCCUCUGCCCAGCAAAAUUCAGAUGAAGAAGACUUUGACAUGAGGAUACGUUGUCACAGCCUAGCAGCAAGAUAUUACAACUGCGUCUCAUUCCCUGGUUGUUUGACGGGAGGAAAUCAGAUCAGGUGUUCAUCCAGGAUAAAGACAUUCGAAGAGUUUCCCAUGACACAUACAAUGUACAAGGCACACCCGGACAAUCAGACAGACAGUGGGAUGGUUUUGGCAUCUGAGGAAUUUGAGAGGAUAGAAAAUCGACACAGAAAAGAAGGUGGAUUCAGCAGUAAAGGGCCCAACCGAACUGCGGAGCUGUCAGCAGAACAGUCAGACCUGCGGGGCAGAUGUCGGCCGUCAUACGGAUCCCAGGUCGGAGGCCAGACUUUUUACAACAGUGAAUACGGGGAGCUGUCAGAACACUCUGAGGACGGCAGCUGCACCCCACCCGCAGAGGGGGCCAGUCCCCCCGCUCUCCACGCUUCCUUCUUCUCCGAGCAGUACUAAUGGCACCAGGCCCUGGAGGCACCCUGCCGAGGCAUCCCCUCCCUCACUGAGCACAUCAUCAGGGUCACUCAGAGCUUCCCCUUCAACCUACGCCCGACCCCAGCAGCGAACCCAUCCCAAACAGAUGGGGAAACACCAGAGUCCUCGGAACCACAGCACGAUGGUCCACGCAACAUCUCCAGCUGCAGCUUCUCUGUGCUGGGACUGGAGAGAGUGCCUUGCUGAUUCCUUGGGUAUCUUUUAUUUCUGUGGCUCAAACAGAUUCAUUCUGCUGGCAGUUGUGUGCCCGUGUUCAGCACUAGAGCACCUUCUGCCUAGCAUCCAGCCUCCGCUCAGAUCAGCUUCCCAUUCAGAAAGCCUGUUUCAGGUCAGAUAUAAAUAGAUCUGUCUUAGUCUCGAGUUUCUUCCUGGUGUGCAGCCUGAAUGUUUUUCCUUGGAUCGCUUCCUCCUUCUCUCCUCAUGAUGUCAGCUGCUGAAUUGCAGAGCAGAAUCAAAGACAAGAAAUCCCUGGUGGUAUUAGCAGCAAGAGCAGGACAUUGUGAAGAGGUGUGUGGAGAGAUCCCAAGGGAUCUUUGUAAAGGUUCGUGCACACUUCAUUCUGGGUAGGUGCCAGCGCACACCCAGCCUCUCCAUCUCCUCUGCAAGCAACACCCACACCCCUCUCAUCUCUGCUGGAGGGGGACCUGCCAUUCUGCUUUAUCACAGGGAUUUUUUAGCCCUUUCAGCACAGCCAUCAGAAUGUCAGCUGAUGGCCCAAGUCUUCCCAGUGAGAUGAACGGCAACUCUUUUUGCAGGCCCUGUGUGAAGCAGGGCUUUAUAUUCUUUGUGCUGGGAGCUUUGUGCUCGCAGGUCUGCUGCUCUUGCCUUCCGCUUCUCCCAGAGCAGCACUGAGAUCAUCUGUUGUUCCCAAUGAGAAAUUGAAGCAAAGCUGUGUUAAUUUCAGCUGGCUUCUAAACAUAGAGUGAAAAUAUGGUGUUUGCUGAAAGGAAAAGGAUAUAAGUGUUAGGGAGUGAAAUGUUUAUUUUCAAGCUGCUGUGAGGGUUUUGGAAACAACGGAAGGAACAAAGCUCUAGCAGUGAGGUGCCUUGAGCUGCAUCCCCUGGUGUGCUGGCAUUGCUGAGCACACACAGGGCAGCACCUGCUUGGAGCACAAGCCCUAAUUCUGGAUGGACCACUCUGCACCACGAUCUGUUGCCUGGCUCAGAGGAAGCACCCUCUGCCCCAUAGGCUCUUCUCCAGUUUCUGUUUCAGAGCUGCCAGCACAAUGCAGCUGUCUCCGGAGGACUGACAACAUGUAUUUGCUGAGGAACCAUCUCAUCACUUGGGCCCUUUGUUUCUAAAAGACACCACAUGAAUUCAGGCUCUGGGGAACCUCCACAGUCACUCUCAGCAGGUUUCUGCGCUGCUGCCUCACUGCUUUCCACCUACAUCUUUCCAGCCUGUUCAUAAUCCAAAGGCUCAGCCACAGAGCCGUUACGUCACCACCAGAGGAGUCUGGGUGCACAGGCUGUCUGAACAGCUUGUCAUCUUCUCGCACACGCCGGUGGCUGGCAGAGCUCCUUGCACAGGGGCAUCUCAGCACUGGGGAGUUUCUGCAUGCAGGCCACACCUCUGCAUAGAGGCAAGAGUUUGGGCAUUGAAAAUCGUGUUUUCUAUCAGAUGUACCAUUUCCCAAAGCUGUAUUUCUCUUACAGAAGGUAUUAUGUGUUUCCUGACGUGAGUUGUUAUGGAUGACUUUCCCAAAUCUUAAUUAUAGUUGUCUGCACAAAUGUAAUGGGGGAGAUUUAUUUAGCUCAUGGGAAAAGCAUGGCUGUCAUUCAGAUUCCCUCAGUCUGCAGAGCGCCCAGUGUUCCCCUCCCAUCCCAUGUCAGCAGGAGGACAUGGCUGUGAUUUCCAUGGCAAUUAGAGGCACAGAACUGCACCAGCUGGAGCCAAGCUGGCUGAGGACGUGGAAUUUGAAACUGUGUGACAAUUGAUUCCCCAGUUUCUAUUGAUGUCCCCCAAAGUUGCCAGGAAUUUAAGAAUCUUUAAGGAAUUGUUAUGACUCGGUAAGAAUGCUGCUGGCAGGAGAUGCAGCAGAGCCAGGCCAGGGGAGCAGGACAGCCAGCAGGGUGCGGGCCAGGCCAAAUUCUCCUGCCCUCAUCUUGCCCUGUGUGUUUUUUUACUUGGCAGAAGGAAAGCUGUGUCCUGUGCUGGGAUUCAGACUGGUGAAAGGGGACAGAUUGCAGAGCUACAUUCAGGCUGCUCUCUCGGUAAUGCACAGCCAUGAAGCCACCAUUCUCAUUCAUUUCCAGCAUUUCGUAAACAGUUCUCUGCCUGGAAACACUGCCCCAGCUGACAGGAGGCUCAAGAAACGUCUGUGAAUCAAAACUGGAAAGCAGAAUUCCAGAGUAGCUGCAAAUGAGGGUUAGAAACCUACUAGUAAAGCCGGGCACUGGCAGGGCUCUGCAGCAGAGAUGAGAUGGAGGCAUCUAUGCACUCCGGUGCUCAGCACUCCUGAUCUGUCAGUAGUGCUCCCAGCCUGCUGGGUCAGCUGCACUGGGGCUUUAGGUUCCGUGUAAAUUGCUCAUGAGCAUCGCCAUGGAGAAGUGUUACUUCAUGAGAGCCAUUGUUAAAGAUCCCCUGCUUCAUGCUGGGGAAGGUGAUGAAGUGACAUCUGAUUCUAAACAUUCAAAUCAUUCAGCCCCAUAGGAGUUUAUUAUCUCUAUUUUACACCUUCUUGAGAUGUGUGGGGGGAAGAAUCACAUCCCAUUGUAUCAGUGCCAACAGCCUUGCAUGAACAACGCAGCUUAACAUGAGCAUGUGCUGGCUCUUCAUCUUCUCUGAUGAUGAACAACAACUGUAAUGUCAGAUACUGAAGAGCUGUUGAACAGUUGUACUUUGGAUCUCUUCAAACAAUACCGGAAUGGGGAUGUACAAAGCUGACACCCAUCCCCACACUCCUGAGUUAUUUCUGGCAUCUUUUUACAGUCUUCAGAUAAGCGUGAGCACAAAACGAAGUGGGUUUGUUCUGGUUUGAGAUGAGGCUGUGGUGCCAUGGAAGGACAGAUGACAACAAGAAGAUAUUUCACCUUCUAAGACCCAAGUUUGAUGUUUGUGCCUCCUUCAUGAAAACAAAGCAUCUCAUUCCCUAUUUAUGAAUGCACACGUGUCUGUGGAGAAAAAAACCUGUGUAUCAAGUACCACUUCAUUUAUAUCGCAGUAUUUUAGCCUGGUACCUGUUGUUGCUGCAGCAGCAUUGGAUGUUUCCGUGGGCUGCCCUCCAAGCAAGUAGCUUACAGCAUGGGUUGUGUGUGAGUACAGCAGUGUGGUUUGUGUGUGUUGUGGGUGAGUGUUUGGGUGUUGCAUGUGUGAGUUUCUCCUACCGGUGAGUGUAUGUGAGUUCUCACAGCUCCUUGUUGAGUCCUGUGUCUGGAAGCUGACGGUUAUAUAUCAAACCAGUUAGAACACUGCUUUCUUUCCUCUCCUCCUAUCGUACUUGUUAUCCUUUGUCAUUAAGAGUUUUGUUGUAAUAUCUAAAUGUGAACAUGAAUAAAGUCAUAACUGGCGCCGCGCUCUGCUUUGUGGACGCUGCUGCCCACGGGUGCUGCUGGGCCUGGCUCCAGCCAACCGGCCCCGUGCAAUGAACAUCA